AUGUCUGCUUUGCUCAGGGGCAUCGCAUCAAGGACCUGGAGAAAGUUCGCAGCGUUGCUGGCUGGCUCGGAGCAAGAGGGUAUCACGGAGCGGACGUGCUCGACCCACAGGUCAUUCGAGGCAACAUGGCUUUUCCUCAUUGGCUCCUACUGGCCUCAGCCUGCGGCUUUGUCGACGCCAAAGACAAGCGAACAGCUUGGAGUCUUCCUUCGUCGCUCGAAGUCUCCGUGGGUUCUAGCUGGCGGCUUCAACCUGGCGCCUGAUGAUGUGAAGCUGCGUGAGUGGGUAGAGCUGCUCACAGGGGCGAUUGCGGCACCAUCGGGGCCAACCUGUUUCGCCUCCAAGAACGGCUCCACCAUCGACUACCUCGUGGUCAGCCAGGGCCUGGCCAACUUUGUCAGUGAUGUCAGAGCGAUAUAUGGCACGCCUUCGUCACCGCACGUCGCGGCAUCGCUGCAGCUCAAGGGGCCCGCGCUCAACGCCCCGCUCCGCGUUCGCAGCAUGGCUGGUCUUGGCCCGCUGGAGACAGGGGGCGUGCAGUUGGAAGAUGCCUGGUGCCAAUGGCUCUUCAACAUGGAGCAUGAGCUCUGCAGCCAGUUCGACCUGGUGGGCUCUGGGCAGCGCGGCUACACUGGCAGGGCUGACGGAUUCGAGCGGAAACAGGUGCCGCUGGCCACGUCCAUGGAGAAGGCUGCCAUGUCUGGCGGCGGAGGCCAGAUGCGAGCCUGGAGGUCGCUUGACGCCAUCUUGCCCAGGUUCCGAGGCCUCCAGGACCACGCCCUAGACGACAGGGGCCAGGCGGCAGAGGAGCAGGAGGUCUCCCUUACGCCCUUGGGCUUCGUGCUACCUGACUACACGUCACCGAGCACAGGGCCGCCCCCGUUGCCGAGGGCUGCCUGGCCAUCGCUCUCAGGGCCCACCACGCCCGAUGCGCCUCGCCAGGAGUCUGCGGCCAGCGAAGCUGCGCACACCGCGUCGCCGCAGCCACGGGCUGCUGCGACCCGCAGGCGUUGGCGAGUCGCCGACUCUCGCCAGGCUUUGCUGGAUGAGCUGGGCCACCUCGACUUCUCGGAGCUCACCAGUGUCAAGUCGAUCGAGUUCGACCUGCACGUGCUGCGAGCCACGGCGGAGGCUGGAGGCGAAGACCUGGAGACGCUGGCCUCCAACGUGCACAAGACAGCGCUGGAGGCGUCCCAGGCGGCGGCCAAGGAGCAGCUGCAAGAAUGGCGCGAGUGGGCUCAGUCUGCC